AUGGUUCCGUCAAUUCGACUCUGUUCCUUGCUUUCGGCAUUCCUUUGGCUGGCGCAAGAAACCAGCAGCCAUCCAACCUGCAGCCCCGGCAUGGGCCGUGCUGCGGCGAUGGGCAAGGCCAUAUACUUGCUCACCAACGAUGAGGCCAACGGGGUCGUUGCGCUCCCCAUUGGGAAUGAUGGUACUCUUUCCAAGGGUAGAGUUACCAUGACAGGAGGAGCCGGCUCCGUGGCUGUUGACGCUGACGGCAAGCCCGCAACUCCCGAUGCGCUGAUUAGCCAGUCAGCCCUAACCAUUGCUGGCAAUCACAUAUUCGCCGUCAACGCUGGCUCGAACACGCUCACCAUGCUGGCUAUCUCGCGUUCCGAUCCAACAAAACUUUCAGUAGUCGGUGAACCAGUCAAGGUCUCCGGCGAGUUCCCAAACACCGUCGCCGCUUCAGCCAAGAACAAGAUUGUGUGUGUGGGCUCAACUGGUGCCAAGGCUGGUGUUUCUUGCAGCAACUUCUCGAGGAAGGGCUUGACCGCCAUGGACGAGCUACGGCCGUUCGACCUUGGACAGACAACACCACCUGUUGGGCCUACAAACACGGUCUCCCAAGUUCUCUUCUCUGAAGACGAGUCCAUGUUAUUCACCAUGGUCAAGGGUGACCCAGCUGUGAACAAGACGGGUUUCAUGUCUGUAUUUACCGUCCAGAAGUGCGAUGGAGCCGCAGCAGUCGUCUCUAAAGACGAAACCCGCAGCUCACCCCAAGGAACAGCCGUACUGUUUGGCUCGCAGGUAAUCCCAGGCACAUCUAACGUGUUUGCCACAGACGCGGCGUUCGGGGCGGCGAUCUUGAGUGUCGAUCCUGCCAGCUGCAAAGCAACGACCGUGGCUACUGGGGAGGUUGAAGGCCAGAAGGCGACUUGCUGGGUAGCCAUCUCCCCUGCGACAAAGACAGCGUUUGUGACAGAUGUUGGUCGCAACCGGCUUGUUGAGAUGAGCCUUGAGGACGCAAGUAUCUUGUCUUCACUGGAUUUGUCCAGCAACGGUGACCCGGGACUCAUCGACCUAGCGGCUGCCGGUAACUUUGUCUAUGCUUUGUCACCCGGGAAUGGCACCACCAAGGCAGCAGUUAGUGUGGUUGAUGUUUCGAACGGCUCGGGUUCAGCAAAGAUGGUCCAGCACUUUGAGCUGGCAGAGAUGGCGGGUAAGACUGCAAUGGGAAUGAAGGUCCUAUCGUGA